UGCUUGUCAUCUGAAGUUAGCUACGCUGAAACCGGAUACGGAAAUAUCGAUUCAAAAACGCGCUCAAUCACAACAAAUAAGUUGAAUCUUUUCGACUUCGUUUUACAAGAUAUUUAGCGCAAAUAAAAUGUUUAGAUCCGAACCACGAAUAAUAGUUGACGAAGAUGUUGAAACAAAUACUACGAAUUCCUUUGUUUAUCAUGCGAUGAUGGAAGAUUUAUUAGAAAAGCUGAAGAUUUUGAAUUAUGAAAAAGAGUUUUUGGCAAAUCUCAAAAUGAAACCAAUCCAUAGGUACUAUUAUAUUAUCCCAAAAAACCCCGGCGAACAAUUUUAUUUAUUUUCAUUAAUGGCAGCCUGGCUCAUUCGUAAAUCGGGUAGAGAUAUCGAACAGCCACAAGAAUCGCACGAUCCCAAUGAUACAAUCUCUAACAUUUUGGAACAAGUCAAAGCACUUGGAAUUAAAAUUGAAUGUUCUCCUAAUAAACUCAAGCAAGGAGUUGGAGAAGACGUGGUUUUCCUUUUGAAUCAGUUAGCGAACAUUGCUCUAGAACAUACCAAAUUACAAUGGAGUCCUCUGGUACUGCCUGAGGAGAAAGAGGAAGAAAUCGAGGUAAUAGAUGAUGAAUCAGAAAUAAAUCUGGAAAGAGUCGAAGAAGAAAUGAUUGCUGCCUACUCAGAUGAUUCAGACGAUGAAAAUCUGUUCCAUAUUGGGGACAUAAAUGUUAAUGAUAGAAAUACAGCUCCAACACAAAUUCAAAUCGAUACUGAUGAAGAUAACUGGAAUCUUGAAGUGGAGAGAGUAGUCCCUCGAUUGAAAAUAACAAUAAGGAAUGACAACCGAGAUUGGAGAUCACAUUUAGAGCAAAUGAAACAGUAUAGGAGCAAUAUCGAUCAUUCUAUGCCACUAGCUAAGACACAGCUUGAGCGGCUCUAUAAGGAAAUAUCUUCUGUGUUAGACAAAGUGGGAAGUAGAGAGAAAUAUCUGAACAGAGAGCUUGACACCAUAUUAGAAGAUUACCGUCAGCAGUUAGACAAAUUAUCGAAAGUAAAGGAAGAUUACAAAAGAAUAAGUGGUGGGGUUGCUGAAAGAAAUAGAGAAUUGGCAAAACUGAAUGAUAGAUUAGACACGAUAAAACAGCAAAUGGAAGAACGAGGGAGCUCAAUGACUGAUGGUACUCCAUUAGUGAACAUUAAAAAAGCUGUUUCUAAGAUUAAACAGGAAAUCGUUGAAAUGGAUGUUAGGAUCGGUGUGCUGGAUUGCGUUUUAUUACAGUCAAGAAUCAGAGAUGAAAAACAAGUAUCUAACGAAUUCAACACUUCUGCAGUAUUCUGAA